AUGGCAAAAACGGAUGUGCGAUAUUGUAACUUGAAAUAAAUGACAAUAAUGCAGCGAGGAGCAACAUGUCCGAGAUGUCAUCAAGGCUAUACUGUAAAAUUUAGAGACUCAAGUAGAUUUAGUCAUACCCCAUUGGUGUUAAAAUGUGGGCAUACAUUUUGCGAGAAUUGCUGCAACAAAAUGGCAAAGGAAGGAGACCAUAAAAUAAUAUGUUCUUUCUGCCAGAUGGAUUUCACAUUGUUGCCUGGGGAAAUGCCAGCAAAGAUUUUAAGUCCAAAUUAUUAUCUUAUUGGCCUAAUUGUAUUCAGCCAGAAGCAAUUGUUGACCCAGGAGCUUAGUCGACUUGUUCCAUCUGGCUUCACACAUGUGACAAGGAAAAAUAUUCAAAAGAAAGACCGAUUUAACAAAGGCGGUCCUAUUUGCUAUGAAUGUGGGAUCAAUACAGCAACUUGUCAGUGCAAGAAAUGUGACUGUCUGAUGUGUGGUCUCUGUUUUGACAAGGUUCAUUCUUCCUCAAAUACACUGAAGCAGCAUCAAGCUAUUUCCAUCAAAAUAGAAGAUGGCAGAAGAUUUGAGACUGAAGGCUUCAGCAGAAAAGAUAGAGGAUCACUAUACAACUUUCAAGAGAAUAUUUCUCCAAAGUGUCCGAUUCAUGACACCAGACCUAUAGAGUAUUUUUGUGAGGACGAUAAAACUGCAAUAUGUUCUCGGUGUGUAAUCAUUGGGGACCAUAAGGGGCAUUCUAUCACUUCAAUGGAAGAACGGAACAAACUGGUGAUCGCAGACAUGGAACCAGCACUGAAUACAGCCACACAAGUGUGGAAACAUCUUAAAAAAACAGAAAAAAGCCUGGUAGAUGCAUUGCCAAAUAUAAAAGAUGAAACAUCCUCAGUUAUUGAAGAAAUCAAAAGUCAUUUUUCAUUACUUCAUGGUGCCUUGCAGGCAAGAGAAAACAUGCUGAUUCAAGAAGUAUUUGCAUUAUUUGGUUCUGGAUUUUCUCCUAUUGAAGAAAUGAAAAUGGAUCUUCAAGAAGAAAAGAUAAAGCUAGAGGCUGCCAUAAGAGCUGCCAAUAAAAUAAUGAAAAACACUGAUGAUGUUGUGGUGAAUGCCAAAGAAAUUCUUGACCACCUGAUGAAGGCUCAAGAACUACCAUGUGUUUUUUCCAAACGUAACCCAACCACAGAGGACGGCAUUAGGUGGGAGGCUGACUCUUCUAUGAUAGGUGAGAUUAUGACACACGGCAGUGUAGGUGGAUCUGUCCCACAGAGGGUUGUUGUUCAGCCAUUGAGUGAUGUCCCAGGAAAUGUAAUAUUGGAUGAUGAUAUAGACACAGCAAGUAUUUUUUCUGCUGACAGCUCUGCCUGUACAGAGGCCACAUCAGCUGAAUCGGAUGUCAUCAUUGAAGGAGAUAGUGAUUCGUUAGCAGAAGAAGUGCCUUUGGUAUCUAAAAAGAGACACAAAACAAAAGCAUCCAAAGAAUCGAAGAAAGAUUCUCCUUCAAAAUUGGGAAAAGCCAAACUUCAAGGCCACUGUGAACAGGUGACUGUGACUCACAUUAAAAGUCCAGUUAAGUUUUAUGUGCAGCGUGUUUCAGACAAGAAAAAACUGAGCCAGUUAUCUAAAGCAAUGAACACAUGGUGUAAUGGCCUUGCCACAGACAAGGAUCGGCCAAUUGAUGUGAAAGCAGGUGAAGCUGUUUUGGGGAAGUACACGGAUGACAACCGAUGGUAUCGAUGUGUUGUCAAGGGAGUUAUGAUAACAACCGAAAUGGAUGGUGAGGAGACCCGUGUGAAGACUAACGUAGAAGUGUUGUACAUGGAUUUUGGAAAUGCAGAAGUUUUGCCCAUUGAAAAACUGUACACAAUGCAACCGCGAUUCAUGAAGAAUCCUGAAUUUGUUCUCGAAUGUUCAUUGUACGAUAUCUUGCCCGCAGAUAAAGAUGGUAUUUGGUCUAAUGAAGCACUGCAGACAUUUCUGAAGAUGACUGAAGACAAGCCCAUGUUGAUGACUGUCGUCCAUGAAAUUGCCAAUGUGUUGCAUGUGGAUUUGCACAAACCACAAGGGGAGACUGAUUUGGAUGAUAGACCAAUAUCAGUGCGAGAUUGCCUUGUGUUUCUUGAGCUAGCUAAAUUUGCCACAUCAACAGCAACCAAGGUGACAUUGUUCCCAUCAUACACAAAGCGGGAAUACAUGACUGCUGAACCUAUUGGAGUUGGGGAGACAUUCUAUGGCAUGGUCACAAACUUGGAUUUGCCUUCCAGUUUUCAUGUGCAGCCAGCAGGCGACGAGUUGAAUUACCUGUGUAACCUGAUGGCUGAUAUGCAGACAACGUACACCUCCAAGGGAGACCUCUAUUCAGUAUUCUGUCCUCAGAUAGGCAUGGUGUGUGUGUCGCAGUACUCGGUGGAUCAGUACUGGUACCGUGCGGUAGUUGUCGGGUUGCCGGGUGGCCGCCAGGUUGAUGUCAUGUACGUUGACUUUGGAAUUCAGGAGCGUGUUUCUUACCUAAAAAUCAGAAAGAUUCUUGAUGCUCAUUUAAAACUUCCUCCUUUGGCUGUGCAUUGUGAACUGGGAGACGUGGAACCAGCUAGUCCAGAUGGAACCUGGGGGGACGAGGGUCGGACAUGGUGGGCAGAUGCUGUUAACUUGAAAAAGUUUCAGCUAAAAGUUGUGGAAGUCCAAGAUAACAAGUUGUCUGUUGUUCUCUAUGAAGUAGAUCCAGUAGAUCUGACCAUUCAGGAAUUGAGCAUCAACUAUUGUCUGGUUAAAAGUGGCAUUGGUAAAAGCACAGGAAAAUGGUCUCACGCCAUCUCUCCUGAGAAGAUGACCGUAACUGAGCGACCGUCCCCGGAUUUUAGAUUGUAUGAGAAAACUGAAGCAAAAGUAUAUGAAGAGGUGAUGAAAGCUGAUUCAGAAACCAGUAAAUCAUUUUUUUCCAUCCAGCCAAUCAGUGUUUCACCAAGUAAGCUGCAUCCCAAGAGUGUUGCCGACAGGUCAAGUGUUGAUCCUGAGACUGACAGUGUGGACAUUCCUGGCGAUACUGUGGACUGUGCCGUGUCUGAUUCAUCAAGGCCUGUCACCAUGGGAGCAGAGAACAUGCCAGGGACUCCACCCACGAAUGACCUGACAACAGACGGUGACAUUUGUAAUGACCAACUGUUGACAUCAUCUGGCCACACAGAAUUGCAUUCCCCUCCAAGACAAGUGGUCCAAUCAAGUCCCACAAGAAUCUCUGAUAGUGAAAAUGAAAACCAGUGUAGUGUGGACAGUGAUCAGUCUGCACAGACUGAAGGCAAGGACCCUGUAGUGAUAGUGGACAGUUUGCCGAAGAAGGAAACAAAAUCUUACCAUUCAGAAAAGCAAAAAGAAAAGGAAAUCUUAAAGCGGGACACUAAUGAACCAAAACCAAAUGUUGAUGAUAAAGGAACAAAGAAAAAGAAAUCUUCAGAUAUUCAUAUAGAAAUUGUUGUUACACAGUUCAGCUCCCCUGCAGACUUCAGUGUCCAGAUAUCUCACAGUGGCAAUGAAGAUCUCAAUGAGAUGAUGGGAAAGUUACAGUUACAGUUCAUGAAUUCAGAGCCUCCAUUAAUACAGUGGAAAAAGAAUGACUUUUGUGUAGUAAAAUAUGCUAAAGACAAUCGAUGGUACAGAUCGAAAAUCCUUGAUGUUGUGAAAGAAGACUUGUACAAGGUGUACUAUGUUGACUAUGGGUUUGUGGAAACAGUCCCCGGUUCAGAGUUACGUGCUCUUGGCAACCAUGAGCGCAACAUGCCAUGUAAAGCUCUGUGUUGUUGUCUAGCCGACGUGAUCUCUGCUGGGUCCGGGGACCCGACAAAGUGGUCUCAGACAGCCUGUGAACACAUGCAGGACAUCAUCAAAGACAAAACACUCUACAUCAAGCAGAAGGCUGAUGUGAUAGAUGGAGAUAUUCCAAAACUCCCAGUUGAUAUUCUCAUUGAGGAGGACGUCAUAGAGACGGCCCUGGAGCCAGCCAGGAAGAAAGUUUACAGUCUCAUCCAGAACAUGAAGGAUAGUGGAUUGGCCAUUCCGUGGAAAAGGCCAAAAACACCUAAAAAGGUUCAGCCUGAUGCUACAACAGUGCCAAGUGUGAGGACGUACAAGCCCCAUCCAGUACCACUGGUGUCAGCAGUGAACGUGAUACCGACCUACGUUGAUUACAGUGGUGUUGUUUAUUCACAGCUUGUUGAUGAAGAAUCCAUACUUCAAAAUCUGAUCGACGAGCUUCAGAAGCAAUAUGCUAAAUCAAUGAGCCCAAAUGUGCAGUGGCAGAUUGAUCAGGCCUGUGUUGCAUUCUUCAAGAGUGAUAAUUUGUGGUACCGGGCCAGAGUUACCAAGAUUAUAGACAACAAAGUGCAGAUACAGUAUCUGGACUAUGGUAACAGUGAGAUUUUAGAUCCAGCUGAGUUACGUCUUCCAACUGACAGUUUCCUGGAAAUCCCACAAAUGUGUCUUGAAUGUGUCUUCUAUAACUUGAAAUCUGCAAGUGAUGAUGGGAAAUGGCAGACCGUGGUUUUGGAAUACAUCCAUAAUACUAUUGUGAAUAACAAUAUCACAUUGAAAAUAAUGAAAGUUGAGGAAAACGGCCAACUUGAAGUGAUUGUGUUUCUAUCUGACGGAAUAGACUUUUGCCAGGUGCUUGUGCAGAAUGGUGUAGCUGUGACAAGUGAAGGAAUGGAGGGGCUGCAUGAUUUAAGUAACAAAAUUUCAGACAUUUUGGAGAAAAAGAAUCCAUUCAAAACUGUGAACCUUCUUCCUGAAGGGGUGUCAUUCCCAGUCUCUGUGACACAUGUUGAGCUCCCACAUGUGAUAUAUAUGCAGCAUGUUAAACAGGACUCUGCUAUUCUCUGUGAUAAGCUCAGUGACGAGCUCAUCACAAGUUUUAAUGAAAUAAACAAUGGUCUUGACCAGCUCUUCCAAAUGGCUCAGGAUCUACAACUUGCUAUUCCAUCAGCCAAAAAAUUCACAUCUUUACCUGGUCCAGGACAGAUGUGUUGUACGAAGUUCAGCUGUGACAACUGCUGGUACAGAGGUUUAGUGAUUGAUACAGAUGAAACUAGUCAGGGUGCCUUUGUUUUGUAUGUGGAUUACGGAAACGCCGAAUAUGUGUCAUUAGACAGACUGCGUGUGUUGUCACCUGAACUUCGAACACUUCCUGCCCAAGCUAUGCGAUGCAAAUUGACUGACCUUCAACCUCCAGCGGGGGAGAGCCAGUGGACAACAGCUUCCCUCAAAGCUAUGUUUAAUGCUGUAGGGUCUAAAGUGCUCAUGGCCUGUAUCAAGAAUUUGACAUUGCCUACUGUUGAAAUCGACCUAUUGGAACCCAUCGGUCCAGAUCAAAAUGUCAUGAAGAAGGCUUACCAAAGUCUCUUAGAUCAGGGACUUGCACAGCUCGCCAACGAAUCUGUUCACUGAGAAAUACAAUAAAAAUAUAUAUAUAUAUAUAUAUUCUUAAAACUAGUGAAAAAGAGUUCACUUUUUCCAUCUUCACAGCUGACAAAUUGACAGUUCUCAUUUACAUUCACAUCUGAAUCGGGACCCAUUGUUUCUUCAUGAUCACAGUUCAUGCAAAUCUGCAACAUACAAGCAGACAGCAAAAAUAAAUAUUCAUAUUUUUUUUAAUCAUCAUCAUUAUCUGGUGGUGAUUUCUAAAACAUAUAUUGAAUCCAUAUCCUCAUCACUAGCUCAUGGAAAUGUUUCAUUUCAUAGUAACGUAAUAAGAGUAAACUUAGAAUUAUUGGUUUUGUGAGGUGAAGUUGAUGUGUGUGUGGCCUCUUUCUAGAUUUUAGUGUGCCAUCCCAUAUUGAAUUUCAAGUUGUUUGGUUUAUUUGUUAAGUCGAGAGAAAUGGUACAAUAUAUGAAGCAGAGGAAUACUUAAUAACACAGGUAUCUGGAUUGAUAAAACCUGUGCAAGUCGUAAUUUGAUUUCACUGAAUUGGUGUCUUUGAGACAUUUCUAGUUUCUGAGAUUGAUAUAGGUUUUAAGACCAGGGCACGUGCUGUUAAAACUUUUAAAAGAGUCCAGACUCCAGACUCCAUCUCUAAUGACAUCACACACAUACAAUGUGUAUAGCGUUGUCAUGAUAUUCACGCCUCCGACUCUAGUGAGUCUUGAGUUUUAGACUCUAAAAACUUUAUAAGCACCAUACCAGCAGUCUCACUUGGGAUUUGGUGCUUGUGACUAUCAUUAAUGCUAAAUAAGAAAUAAUCAUUUUGCUAGACAUAUCAUCUGUAGAAUAAUAAUAAAACAGAUUUAAUCAAAACACCAUUUAUAUGUUUUUAAAGUGGUUUUGGAAACGAAGUAAAAUUUAAUAGUGUUGCAAUGGUCAUCAGAAGCACAUUGAGAAAAACAAAGUAUAUUUUAAUUAUAACAGAUUGUAGUUUAAUGCAGAUACUGAGGUAUUUUUGUGGGGUGUUUUUAAUGGCUGAAUUUGUGUUUCUUGUAACAGAAAAAAAAAACCCAGUUAAAUUUGGUCGUCAUUUUUAAGUAUUAUAUGUAUUAAUUUGUAAAAUCGAAGAGACGUUACUGUUUGAAUAUAUUGUAGAUAUUUUUGUGUGUUUUUGUUUGGAAGUUAUUGAAUAGUAAUUAACAGUGCCUGGUUUUGGUCUUUGAAUCUCUGUGCCAUAAUUUGGUGAAUAAGCUUUGUAUCUUGCCGUUCUGCGAUGUUCAUAUUAUUUGAUUUGUACAUUCAUCUUUUGGACAAAGUUGUCAUACUAAAGAUAACUUCUUGUAACUAAUGGUUACUUUAAAGAACCCUUUAUGGCACUUAUGGUACUGUCUGUUGUGCACAGUUAAACACACAAUACACUUUAUCUAUACAUGACAUUAGUCUUAGAUCUUUUGUUACAAAGUUACCCAUUUUCCUGAAAGCUAAUAUUGUUUUAUAAACCCACCAUAUAUUUCCAUUUAUAUUUGAAAAUUAUUUCAUGUAUACUGAUGAAAAGAAAUCAGGGAAUGUAUGGUUUUUGAAACCAUAUUUUAAUUCAUUAUUAUAAUAAUUAUGCUUAUAUGAAAUAAUAAGACAAAAUGUGGGACUGAAUAUCGGUACUGUGGCAUUGGACACGGGUAACUAACUUCCUGAUGAUGGAUUAAUGUUUUCCUUCAAUUGUUUCCAUCAGUAUACAUUGUUGAAUGCAAGGGAUACAGACUUAAUAUUGUCAGUAUUUAUAACUUUUACUUUACAUAAAGCCAUUUAAGGUGAGCAAUCAUGCUUUUCAGUAAUGUCAGUAAUAUGUAGUUUUGAAAUAGUUUCUAGAGGAUGUGAUUUUUUUUUUAACAAGUCUGUCCUAAUCCUUCAGAUUAUGAUGCACUAUAGGCCAAAAAGAACAUUUCUUCCAUAUACUAUUUAAUCAAUAAAAUAUAGUUGUUUGUUAGUUUAUUAGAUAUUUCUUACAAUUACAGUAUAGAAUAGCUUAGGUUUAAUUUUAAAAGAUGGUGCUGAAUUUUUGUUUUGUAUUUUAACAAACUGAAAAAGUCAGUCAUUUUGGCAAGGACAAUAAAACUAUAUUUCAAAUUUUUAACUGUAAAGUUAAAGUAUUUUGGGGGUUUUUGUUCUGGGUUGGGGUGUUUUGGGUUGUGUUUUUUUUUUUGGGGGGGGGGGGGGGGGUUCCAUUUAUGUAAUGCAAGUCUAUAGAAUGAAGUAUUCUCUCUCACUCUGCAGCUGCCUGGUGCAUCAAGAUUUUGUUAAAAUUAGGUGUUGUCUAUAUAGACAUCGUUCUCUAAUAUUUUGUGAUCGGAGGAAAAGUCUUAAUUUUUAAAGAAUUCUUCAUUUUAGUGCUACCCCAAAACUGCUUAUGUCCUAGUUCAUUGAUUUCAUGUUGUCAUUUUUCAUUACAAGAAUAUUUGAUGAUAUUUUUCUUUUGACAUAUUGUGUUGAUUUAUUUGUGUGUCAUUUCAUCCAAAUACACAAGGUUUGUGCAUUAUGUAAACUCAUGCACUGCUGCAGUUUGCAGAUAUUUAUGUGCAUAUUUGUUUUCUUUUUGUUGAAUUAAAAAGAUUGUUUCAA